AUGGCCGCGAUAACGCCGAGACGUUCAUCUCGUAUCCCUCAUACUUACACACCGAAAAUGACUGAGAGGAAAAAGGGCUUGUUUCAAAGCGAGGACAUGGCUUCGAGGGAGUCAUUGACGACUCACCGAACGCUGCCGGUGGUGGAUAGCGAGAGUGAUAGCGAAGAGUGCGACUUGGGGAUCAUCAGUACCUUAGACUCCAGUUCUGGAGACGAAAACGACCAGAACAUUCCUAAAACACCAGAAAGAAGUUUGUGGCAUGAAACAAGGAGUCAAACAAGAAGACUGUUGAGAGAAUCUAAUGACCUGAAGAAUUUUAUCAAGUCUCCAUUUACAUUGAAGAAGUAUCAGACAAGAUAUUCUUGUCCAGACUCAAAAUGUACAGGUUCUAUGUCCACACCUGUUACUCCACACUUGAACAAUCAUCCUGGAACCCCAUCCUCAACACACUCUUGUACAAGUGUUCAUACUACCUCUUCCACAUCAAGCAGGGCUCGCAAAAGCCUAGCUAGUCUUAUUGCUGAUACUGAGAGCUGCAGCAGUUCCCUCAAAGACCUGAACUUUGACACAGACUCUGGUACUGAUUCCAAAGAGAAUACUCCUACUAAACCUAUUCGAAGAUCAAGUAGGCGACAAAAGAUGACGCCAAAACUGCAAACUUUCAAGGGCAUUUUACUUGAACAGAAGAAGAAUAUAACUCCAAUGAAGAAUCCAGUUGUCUGCUUGACUAAAAUGGAUAUGGACAGUAUGCUAUCACCUACACAGAUGCAGAAGACCCCUCAUAAUAUGACUGAGGUUGUAUCACCUCCUAAAUUAGGACACAACCGUCGUUCAGUAGUAGAAAUUGAAGAAAGUCCUGAAUCACUUUAUGAUAGUGAAAAAAGUCACAAACGAUUACGCAAUGAUAGCAUUUCGGAAAGCGCACCCAGCUCUAAAUACCCUAGGCUUGAGAAUGCACCUAAGGCUCGACUAUCUCUCUUCAACAGUGAUAGAUUAAAAGAAAUUCUGUCUGCUAAAUCCUUUUAUGGGAAAACUAAUCCAGAACUUAACACCACUGUGGUUACAAAGAUUUCGAGUGCAAUUGAGGCUAGCACAACGCAUCGACGUAUGAGGCAUUCUCAUUCUCAUAGACGUAAAAGAAGGCCAGGUCAGAUCAAUCUAGGGGUGAGACAUAGAAUAAGAAAGCCGAAAAUGCACAAAAAUAGAGUGGUUCAAUAUUAUAAUGCAUGUCAGAAUAAUUCCAUCUUGGACAACACUGGUGUGUCUACUACCAGCAGGACUGAUACAUCCAUCUUGAGUCAAAAUUCAUCUCAGGAUCUUAUAAAUGAUAAAGCAGACCCUUUUGAUAAAGAAAAACAAACAAUCGAAGCUCUUCUCAGCCAAUGGACUGAAGAAGAAGUUCCAGAAUCAGAACUAUCAAUUUCGAAACCUGUGCAAGAACUGCCUUGCUUCAACAGUACAGUUAUAGAAGAAACCAACCAGAUCUUUCAGCCAGUAACGGCAGUGCCAGUAAAUAUGGCAACACUGCCACAGGAUUCUGAAGCUGUCAUUAUUGAGUUAGGAGGUAAUAAACAUGAAGUGUCUUUGCCCCAAGGAGUGGCACCUCUGGCACAAAGUUUAUCACCCUUGCCAGAAACAGGGGCCAAUGACGUAGUUAUGGGUGAAUCAGGACACAUUGAAACUCAUGGAGAAGUACCGAAAAGUGGCCAGUUUUUACCAGUGGAAGGCGGUUAUAUUCUUGUAGAAGAAAAUGGUGCUCCAGCACAAGAGGAACUUCCAGACUUAGACGAAAUUGAACGAGAGUUGAAAAUGCUCGAUGAACAGAUUCUCAAGAUGGCGGAAUCGAAUAAUAUCAACGCUGAAGCUGUUUUAGCAUCAACUGAAACUACUGUGGUACCUCCUGGCGACGUAACAUCAAAAACUGCUGACGACAGCUCUGAAAAGUCUGAUAAUCAGAAACUGUUCUCUAUUUUCGAAAAACCAAACCCAGGCAUUUCUACACCAGGAGGGAAAGGUUCCUCAGACAAAAAUAGCAAGCGGCUUUUAUUGAAGACGGGAGACGAUCAGUAUGUCAUCGACGCCGGUCAGAAGAAAUUUGGAGCCACACAAUGUCCUGAAUGUGGGACUAUUUAUCAGAUCGGUGAUCCCCAAGACGAACAUGAUCAUCUAGUUCAUCACAACGCGACAGAUGUUUUACGAUUCAAUGGCUGGAAGGACGAGUGCGUGGUGGAGCACGUGGGCGCGGCGCGCGUGGUGCGCGUGCGCGGCGGCGACCCGCACUGGCGCAAGGUGCAGCAGCUGCUGGCGCGCGUCGUGCACCCGCACCUCGGCUACGGACACGACCUGCCGCAUCGCGACCUGCACGCCUACACCGCAUAUUUAUACAUAGACAAGAAACAGAUAGUUGGAUGUAUAAUAGUGGAACCUAAAGUUCGUGCGUACAAGCUCAUCCCGGGAGACCCUGACUGCUGUAGUGUCGAAGAAUACCCUGUCAAGUGCGGCGUGUCCCGCGUGUGGACGCACAUCAACUACCGGCGGCGCGGCGUGGCCACGCGCCUGCUGCACUGCGCCCGGGCCUCCUUCCUCUACGGCAGCGCGCUCAGGACCGACGACUUGGCCUUCAGCGCGCCCACCGCGCAAGGGAAAGCCUUCGCCGCAAACUACACCGGCACACAAAACUUUUACGUUUAUCUGGACUGA